AUGGGGCCUACAAAUAUUAGGCUUUGGAAAAGUCUCGGAAUAACACCAACAAAGACAUCAUUUAGUCAUCCUAUAUCUGGAAAACCAAUUUAUAUGUUUGCUGAUGUACCACACUUAAUGAAAUUAGUGAGAAAUCAUUUCAUUGAUAGUGGAUUUGUUUUGCCAAAUAAUAAGUACAUUGGGAAACAAGUAAUACAAGAGGUAGUUAGUUUGAACAAAGUGGAUUUAAGUUGUGUAUACAAAGUCACUGAUCGACAUCUAAAUGCAAUUGGAUCACAGCGACAAAAUGUAAAACUGGCAACACAAGUCUUGUCAAAUUCAAUGGCCAAAGCAAUAUCCUAG